UUGUGUCAGCAGCGACACAAGGAUAAAGACGAUGCAUACGUUGACUUAAUCGCCUUAAGUUUAAUACCGGAAGGAUGUAGCUCAAACUCCUACUACGGAUAUGGUAUUGUUGCUGGAAGUCUAGAAAAAUGUGACAAAUUUAUGGAGGCGAAGGCUGGUGGCGAAGAGUUCAGCGCUGAAUACGAAGAAAUCAAAUGUCGGACAUUGAGAGUGCAUGGGCGAAUGAAAAAUGGCCAAUGUGAAUGCAAGCCUGGGUGGAAAGGUCCAAUUUGUAACGAAUAUUAUGGGUGCCCUGCAGGGUUCUCCCUUUACAACAGCGUGUUGGUUUUGUUAUUUCAUUCGGCGCUGUGUGUUUUGCAAGAGUGUGAAAAAUUAUGUCCUGCUGUGAAAAAAAUCUUUUCAGAAGUGAUAGGAUAG